AUGGAGCGGCCAACGGGUAGAGAAGGCCUCCUUGACACUUCAAUCCCAAUUUAUGAAGAUCCCUGCUUCACAGCGCCUUCGCUGAAGAAACACAAUGUAAUCGUGGUUCAUCGGCCAAGACGAAAUAAGUUGUAUGUCCGUAAAGGUCUUUACUGACAAAUCACGGCUUUUUAACCCACAUAUCUUUGUCCGUUGCAGCUCUUACUAUGAUAUUCUCAUCGUAUUCGGCCUGGUGUUUUUGCUCUCUCUGACUGGUCGAUGCAUUUACAAGAACUUCCUCUAUAAAACCCCAAAAUUUUUGGAUGAAUUGAAGAGCGAGGCUUCUAAUAUCGCCAGAGCCUCACAAGAUGUUGUGGAAGAUGUGGAAGGCCGAUUUGAAGAGUAUUUGAGAGAAUUCCAAAAUGAACUCAAAGGUAUGACGAAUGAAAUAAAAGAGAUGAAAAAGAAUGCCUUUGAGGAGAAUUGGAGAGAAAUCGAGAAACUCAAGGUAAAGUACGAUAAGCGUUUAAAAAUUUUUAUAAAAAUAAAAAUUAUUAGAAUAAACUAACAAUAAAUGGUGACUUUUUUAGAACGCCUUCGACGGACGAACUGAGUUUGGGCUCAAUAAAUUUUCACAUAUGACUGAAGACGAGCUGAAAAGAGUAGGUCAUAUUUUGACGUCUGUUAUUUAUCUAAUUUAAUAUAUAUUAUCAGUCUGUCGGGAAAAUAAUGUGGAUUUGUCGCAGAGAAAUUUCUCGCUUCGUCGCAGCUUUUUUCUCGUACCAAAUCUCCAGCCGCGGCUAGCCGUCGCCAAGAUGGGCGAUCUUAAGACGCGACAAAUCCACAUCAUUUUCCCGACAGACUGUUAAUAUUUUCAUAAAGUGCAAGGACAUUUGGGCGUUUGUUCCAUUUCGCACAGUGCAUUUUGAACUUUUUGUCAAUGCAGUGCCAUACCACAACGCAGUGCGGACAAAAUGUCUAUGCACUUUAUGAAAAUAGUCAUAGGAGGAUGAAAUUAUGAAAUUUUCACUUGCCAAUGUUGAUAGGUCCUUUUGCCGUAACCAGAGAUUGCCACGGCUCCGGAGCCGGAAAUUUUGGGGUCGGCUGCGGCUCCCGAGCCCAAAGUCGGAGCCAGGCUUCCCAGCGGUCAGAAAAGUAAAAAUUUCGUGAUCUUGUUAAACCAAAUUGCUUGAAAAACACUGUGGAGGAUGUGACUUGACUGCAAAAACGUUGGCUGUAUGAUCUCUGGCACUAAUAACUUUUAUUUUUGGAAAAAUAUUUAAAAAAACAUUUUGCAUAGGAUCCGGGAUUCGGACCCGGAGGCCUUUUUAAAUUUUGCACGGAGCCAAGAGAGCGGAGCCGGAGCUGCAAAUUUGGCCUCGGCUCCGGCUCUGGGAGCUCAGAGCCGGAGCUGGAGCCGAAAUUUUGACCGUGGCAGUCUCUGGCCGUAACCCAGUCGGCCAUUUCCUCCUCAUCUCCAGCAAAAUGUCGACAAAAACUCAAACUUAUGUGUUUCCGCGCGAGAUCUUUUUUUUGAAGAGUUUUAUGUCCUCAGUGAUCGAAUUUCCUCAAAUUUCAGUACCUCAUCCCCUCCGGGUUCCCAAAACCAAGGUAUUUGGAGACCGCCAAGCCCUUCGACACUGCUCCGGGCUACGUCAUCGAUCAAGACUUGAAACGGCCGGAGCAGUUUGAUUGGAGAAAAGUUGGAGCCGUCACCGGCGUCAAGGAUCAAGGUGAGGAAUUACAGAGAGAAAAAUAGUUGUAUAACAAAUUGGAAAUAGCGUCUGUCGGGAAAAUAAUGAGCACAACGUCGCUGGGACGUUGGAUUGAAAAGCAAUUUUAUUUUCACCGCGACACAAUUCAUUUUCUCGGUGGUGAUGCGAUUUUGCGAUUUCCGAAGCAACAGAGUGCUCAUUAUCAGCCUCUAGGGAAAAUAAUGUGGAUUUGUCGCAGCAAAAUGUCAGAAUUGCGCGUCAGACCCUCGAUUUGGGGUCUAGACAUGUCAUAUUUUCAUAAUAUAAUAGAAGCAAAAUUUUCAGAAAAAAUCUUAGAAUCGCAUCCAGAAGAGGUCGUAUUUUAAAAUUUAUCAGUCUGUCGGGAAAAUAAUGUGCAUUCUGUCGCAUCGAAAAUCGCAUCGCCGCCGAGAAAAUAAAUUGCGUCGCGGUGAAAAUCAAGUUCAUUUUCAUCUCAGUCAGCCCGACCAACGCAGCGACAUUGUGCUCAUUAUUUUCCCGACAGGCUGAAAAGCUCUAAAAUUGCUUUUCAGCCUGUCUGUCGGGAAAAUAAUGUGGAUUCGUCGCGCCUUGAUAUCACUCAUCAUCGCUUUGUGACGGCUAAUGGAGACGUGUUGCGAGGCUGUGACAGAGCCAGAAAUAUGGCUGCGACAAAUCCACAUUAUUUUCCCGACAGCCUGAUACACUGUCGCUGCGUCUUUGAAGUGAAAAGAGAUUUGAUUUUCCCACCUCAUAACUCAUUUUUUCGACGGCAAAUUUUCGAUGCGACAAAUCCACAUUAUUUUCCCGACAAGCUAAUACACUGUUGCUGCGUCGUUGAAGUGAAAAGAAAUUUGAUUUUUCCACGACACAACUCAUUUUUCGACGGCGAAUUUUCGCUGCGACAAAUCCACAUUAUUUUCCCGACAAACGAAUACAUAAUGUCCAUCAUUUCUACAACGUUUCAAGUCAAUUUUUAUUGCAUCAAAAUAUUUUCAAGACAAGAAAUUCACCAUAAAAAAGCGGUUAUUAUUCCCCAAACAGCUCCACCACGCAUUUCACAUUGACUUCGUCCUUUGUGACCGCAUUCACCACCUCAUUCCGCUCCGCCAACGUCUCGCAUCCCCACGACUUCUCGCCCUGCGACUCGAACAUCAUGUUCGAGGUCCAUCGAGUCUCGCCGGCGCGCAGUUCCAGCCAGGUUUCGACCAGAAAGUCGCGCGGUAAAUGCGAAAAUCGGACGAAUCCCGAGAUCUUGCCCCGCGUUUUUGGCCCGUCCCCGUUCGGAUAGAUGACCAGAUGACAGUAGAUUUUGCGCGCUGAGAUGGGAGAGAUUGGAGUUGAAUUGGCAAAGGGAAUAAGCUCAAAUUCCGGGCUCACCCGCUCGCUGAGGCCGUUCGAGAGGAAGCGGUCGAUUUUGAAGUCCAUCUCGCCUUUUAGCUGAAAAUUUUAAGCGAUUGGUGGUUAAAACUCUAAACAAACGUUGAAUUUGUCAUAAAGGAGGGUUUUCUUUGGCUUAGAAACAGGAAUUUUUGUGUUUUGGAGAUUUUCAAGUUUUCGUGGUGGGACCAAAAAUUUAAAAAAAGAGUUUCUCUCUCAUUACUUGCACUUUGCUUUUGUCGGAAAAAUAACGGCGGCUAAUUUUGCGCAAAAAAACUGUUGAAAAAAAAUUUUAUGAAUAAAGUCACAAAAAAUGUCAAGAUUUGGCCAUAUUGGAGCCUAAAAGUCUUGGUUAUCCCGGAAAGCACGAGUUAGGGCACAAUGUCGCUAUGCCAAACGGGUCGCCAAAAAAAAUCAGUCUGUCGGGAAAAUAAUGAGCAUUCUGUCGCAUCGAAAAUGGCAUCGCCGGUGGGAAAAUGAAUUGUGUCGCGGUGGAAAUCAAAUCGCACGUCAAUCCAAAAUAGAAGAAAAAAUUUCCCGCCCCUUUUUUGGUGAUUCGUUCAAAAUCCGAUAAAACACAUUUUCUUAUCUUUCUUCUUCCUUUUCGAGAAAAAAACAAUUAUUUCGGCCGAGAAAAAGUGCCGAUAAUUUCGCGACAUUUCGUCUCUCUUUUAAACCAAUGAAAACGGUACGAAGUUUCGAAACGUUCAGGAAAUGCGCUGGAUUGACGUGAAUCGCCUUUCACUUCAGCAAAAAGCGAUCCGCUCAGCGACAUUGUGCUCAUUAUUUUCCCGAAAGGCUAAAAAGCUCUAAAACACUGGUCUGUCGGGAAAAUAAUGUGGAUUUGUGGGGCCCUGAAAUCGCUCAUCCUCGCUUUGCAACGGCUGGGAUUUGAGGUAUCGGUCUGUCGGGAAAAUAAUGUGGAUUUGUCGGGCCUUCAAAUCGCUCGCUUUGUGACGGCUAGAGACUUGGGUUGCGACAGGACCAGAAAUUUCGCUGCGACAAAUCCACAUUAUUUUCCCGACAGACCGGUAUUUUAGAGCUUUAUAGGUCGCAUAUAGUACUAGGCGGUGCGAAAAGUCUUGGCAUGUUUGUUUUAUUUUGUUUUUUACCGACACCGAUAUUAAAUACCUAAACGCCGCGCGCUUCUCUUUUUUUAGUCAUCAAAACUUAUCGACCGCGGACUUACGUAAAUUUUCUCCAUUUUGCCAAUAUUGUCCAUGCGACCCAUCUCGAAACAAGAUUGUUCUAUCUAUUUGCAAAAAUAGAAUAGCUGAAAGAAAGAAUCUUUUCCCUUCCAAGCUUGCUAACGCCUCACGGAAUUUUUCUGUCAACAUUUAUCCUUUGACCGCCUUCUUCAACCAACUUUUCUGCUCUCCUCUUUAUGACAAGUGCAAUGCCCGGAAAUCGGAAUGCGGUAAACAUGGGGAUGCGGCGUUCUUCUUCAUAUGAAAUGCAUGGCAGUGGGAGAUGUGUUUGGGAAAUUGGAAAGGUGUUUAUCGCGCUUGCAUGGGGGGUUUUUGCAAUCACAACAUGCGUUUGAUGAAACUUUGGACCGUUCGGUUUUUAAAAGUCAUGCGAUCAGAGUUUAGAAAGCAAAGUUUUUUUGCGGAAAUUUGAUGAAUCUUGUUGUGAAUGAGGAACAAAAUUUUGCGAUUAUUUUUUUAUGGAGACUUAUCAGUCUGUCGGGGAAAUAAUGAACACAAUUUCGCUGCGCCAAUCGCAUCGCUGAAGUGAAAAAAUUCAUUUUCUCAAUUGCGACAGAGUGCUCAUUAUUUUCCCGACAGACCUGUAAGUCUCUGUCCAGAAAAUGUGUCACGAUGACACUGCCUUAAAAUGUUGUAGUGGUAUAAAAAAUGGCUGCAGAUGGUUAUCAGUACUCUCCAGAGCACGACAAAAAAAAUCCGGGCACUAGAAAAGCGUAUCGCCGCGGAAAAAUCCAAAAAAACCUACAAAAUUCGUCAUCCAAAUUUUUGCGAAACCGUCUCAAUACGUAGUGAAAAGCCGUAUUUAAAAAAAAACAAAAUUUUUUACAACACUUUUCACCACCAAGUUCAACAAAAUCACGUAUUUUACAUUGCGAUUUCAGGCCAAUGUGGAUCUUGUUGGGCAUUUGCAAUUGUUGGAGUGGUUGAAGCCCAAAACAAGAUUUUCAAUCACAAACUGGUCCCAUUGUCCGAACAAGAGCUGAUGGACUGCGAUCAUCGGGACAAUGGAUGUGGUGGAGGCUUCAGAGGAUGGGGAUUUGAGUAGGUCGCAUUUUUCUUCGAAAUUUUCAUGUUUUGAGUCCCACCACGAAAACUUGAAAAAGGCCAAAAAUGUGUUUAUAAUCUGAUUUAGGGUGUAAAAUUUAAAAAAGUAACUCUCUUUAUGUCUAAACUGUUAGAAAUUCAAAUUUCCCGGGGAUUUUUUCAAAAUUUUAGGUCUCAGCACGAAAACUUGAAAAAAGCCAAAAAUGUGUUUAUAAUCUCAUUUAGGGUGUAAAAUUUAAAUAAGUAAUUCUCUUUAUGUCUAAAAUGUUAGAAAUUCAAAUUUCCCGGGGAUUUUUUCAGAACUUUUUGUCUCACCACGAAAACUUGAAAUGCCCGAAAAUGUGUUUAUAAUCUGAUUUAGGGUGUAAAAUUAAGACAAUUAACUCUCUUAACAUCUAAAAUCUUAGAAAUUCAAAUUUCCCAGGGAUUUCUUUCAGAAUUUUAGGUCUCACCACGAAAACUUGAAUAUCGAUAAAAAGCGGUUUCAAGAGCAAAUUCGGUACUUCUGCUUUAAACAAACACUUCGCAAGGAAUUUUUAAUAGCUUUUAAAAAGCCUAUAAACGAAUUCUUCGAAUUUUAGGUCCCACCACGAAAACCUGAAUUUCUCUAAAAUCAUCGAAAAAAUAUGUUUUCAGGUUUGUAAAGAACACUGGAUUGGUUGCUGAGCAAAAUUACAGCUAUCAAGCAAUGGUUGGCCAGUGCAAAUUGCCCAUGCGAGAUCAAACUCGAGUCUUUGUCGACGAAAUUUACAGUUUCGAUGGGGAUGAGGAGGAAAUGGCCGACUGGGUUGCCACAAAGGGACCUAUCACCAUUGGUAAGGAAAUUUUUUUAAUUUGUCCUAUUAGUAUUUUCAUAAAGUCCAUGGACAUUUUUCCGAGGGUCCGCACUGUGCACAAAAAUCCCCCCGUUUUGCACCGUGCAUUUCAUCUUGGUCUCGCACUGUGCAUUCGAAAUAUCGCUGCGAUAUUUUGCUUUUUUCAACUGCGUCGUCGCGGGUUUUCUGAAGAAUUUGCACAGUGCAGACGGCUUUUUUUGUGGUUUGCACUGUGCGAAAAGAAAAAAGAAAAAUGCACUGUGCGUUGGCGACAAGCGUGGGAAAAAGUUCGAAAUGCACUGUGCGUCGGCGACAAGCGUGGGAAAAAAUUUCAAAAUGCACUGUGCUUUGGCGACAAGCAUGGGAAAAAGUUCGAAAUGCACUGUGCGUCGGCGACAAGCGUGGGAAAAAGUUGAAAAUGCACUGUGCUUUGGCGACAAGCGUGGGAAAACUUUCAAAAUGCACUGUGCGCUGGCGACAAGCGUGGGAAAAAGUUCGAAAUGCACUGUGCGUCGGCGACAAGCGUGGGAAAAUGUUCGAAAUGCACUGUGCGUUGGCGACAAGCGUGGGAAAAAGUUCGGAAUGCACUGUGCGAAAGAGAAAAAUGUCCACGUACUUUCCUAGGGAAUAAAAGCGUAAAUUUUAGGGACAAAAACGUUUAAAAAAAUUCCCCAAAAAAAUUUUUUCCUCAAAAAAUGUAAAAUACGAAAAAAAUAAUAAAAACAAACAAAAAUAAUUUUUCCAAUAUCCCAAUUUUCAGGAGUGAACGUAACCCGUGGAAUGUUCGCCUACAAAAGUGGGGUUUUCGACCCCACUCCGGAGGAUUGCGCACAAAAUUCGUUGGGCUCUCAUGCUAUGGCCGUGAUCGGAUACGGUACGCAGAAUGGCGAAAGAUACUGGCUGCUGAAGAAUUCGUGGGGACCGGCGCACGGAGAGGCCGGCUACAUAAGAAUGAAGCGGGGUGUGAAUUCGUGCGGCUUUGGGAACAAUGUCUACACUGCGCUGAUUACCAAGCAUCAUUAG